AUGCCACGUUUUCCACCAAGUCCCAGCAGGCAACUGCUCAAAAUCCUACGGAUACGGCACAUUGCCUUUCUGCAGGGCUCAGUCAUGCGGGCAACAGAGCAGCUAGGCCUUCAAGGAGCUACAAUACAGGGCGUAAUACAGCGUCAGCAGCGCGAAGAAGAAGUUCCACAGGAACAAGGCCAAUUAGCAGCAGACAGGCGUAACCUCUCAAUUCAAUAUAGCAGGUACAUGGGCAAUCCGCGGCGGGCUCAGCCGGCAGCCGGCAGAGAGCGUGCACGGAUGCCGGGGGCGGGCGAUUGGCCGGCAAGCGAGGCAGCCGGCUCAGCGGGCACUCAGCGCCGCCUCGAACACCUGUCAAACCCCGCCAAGCCGAUAGGAAUCCAGCCACGUCAAUUCAAUCGCCUUACUGAGGGCCUAAGAGGUCUAGUUCUGGCUGGAGGGGUAGCUGCGGUACCUGUGGUAGGAUAA